AUGAACAAGCAUAAAAGAUUAAAGAAGUCGUUUAAACCUACAUUCUCAAAGUUCGGAGGGUCCUUGCCUAUCUUCAGUCAUAAGGACGCAAUUACUGCAGCCCUGGCUGAGCCAAGCUCAGGGCUGAUAAUUUGUGGGCAGACUGGAUGUGGUAAGACCACACAGGUGCCUAAGUAUAUUCUUGAGGCAGGACUGAGCUCAUCUAAGAUGAUCGCAGUUACUCAACCCCGUAGAGUAGCUGCUGUAACUAUCGCACAAAGAGUAGCUCACGAGCUGGGCUCUUCCUGUGGACAAACAGUUGGUUACAGUGUCAGGUUUGAUAAACGUGUCAGCGACGAUACUAAAAUCUGUUAUCUCACAGACGGAAUGCUUCUUAGAGAAGCCAUCUUAGAUCCCACUUUGAGUAAAUUUGGAGUCAUUAUUCUUGAUGAAGUCCAUGAGAGAACUGUAAGCACUGAUGUUCUGAUGGCUAUUGUAAAGAAAUUAAGAGAAACAAGAGACCUUAAAGUGAUAGUCAUGUCUGCAACCAUUGAUAUCCCAAAAAUUUCUGAAUAUUUUGGGAUUGAUAAAGUUGUGAGUGUUAAAGGAAGAACGUAUCCCGUAGAGAUUUACAAUCUAAAGCAACCUGAAGGGAACUACGUUGAUAAUGCAAUGAUUUCAAUUUUACAGACUCAUUUAGAGCAUCCGGAAGGUGAUAUCCUUUGUUUCCUCACUGGUCAAGAAGACAUAGAGGAUCUUCAGUCUCUGCUAGAGGAAAAGAUAGAACUUGGAAAGCAUCCUGAUUACAACAUGGCACCUCUUGUUGUAGUUCCACUCUAUGCCAAUCUUCCUAACCACCUUCAGUUGAGAGCAUUCGAAAAAUGUGAGGGAAGAAAAGUUAUACUUGCUACGAAUAUAGCCGAAACUUCUGUCACUAUUAAUGGCAUCAGAUAUAUCAUAGAUUCUGGAUUAUGUAAAAUGAAGUCCUUCCAGACAACAACAGGAGUUGAUACUCUUAAAAUUACAGCUAUUUCCAAAAAUUCUGCAACCCAGAGAUCAGGAAGAGCUGGAAGAGAAGCUCCUGGAAAAUGUUUCAGAUUAUACACUGAAGAAAUAUAUGAUGAAAUGAGUGAUUCAACUCCUCCAGAAAUAUUCAGGACAAAUCUGAGCAGAGUUAUAAUCCAACUAAAAGCUAUGGGAAUCAAAGAUGUUUCUGAUUUUGAUUUCAUUGAUAAACCAAGCAAACAGUUGUAUAUCAAUGCUUUCAAGGAGCUGAAUGAUCUUAGGUGAUUAGAUGCUGAUGCAAACCUGAACGAGCUUGGAAGAAAAAUGUCUAUAAUCCCAACAGAGCCUGUAUACUCAAAGCUCUUGAUUCACUCGACAAAAACAGAGUAUAAAAAUAUUUCUAAAGACAUUGUAAUCAUUGUAGCCAUGCUUUCUGUUGAGAAUAUAUUCUAUGCACCAAGAAACUUCCAAAGGAAGGCAGAAAGGAAGCACAAGAAGUUCUUUGUCCUGGACAGUGAUCACCUCACUCUUCUGAAUGUCUAUAACUACUACAUAAAGAAUAAAGGAAACAGUGGGUUUUGUAAAGAAAACUUCAUUAACGAGAAAAGUUUGAAAAAGGCUACACAAAUCUCUAACCAGUUGCUAGGGUACCUUAAAACAUUAUCUCAGAAGUCUGAUGGUACUGUAGAAGAGACCAAAGCUGAAGUUAUCAACGAGCUUGAUAUGAUAGCAAAGGAAGCUGAUGAGAAUUAUGAUAGGAACCAAUUGAUCACAAAAUGUCUUUAUGAAGGUUUACCUCUUAACACUUACCAGUGUCAUGAAAAUAUCUACAGAUCUACUAAGACACAUGAGGAAUGUAAUAUCCAUCCAACAAGUGUUCUAUUCAAUAAGUUCCCGACUUAUGUAGUAUGUUCAGAGAUCAUUAUAACUUCAAAGAAAUACAUGAGAUUUUGAACAGAUAUUUCUAAAGUGUAUGUAAAAGACUAAAUUCAA